AUGGCGGGCGGGCACCCGGCCCGAGACCCGAGCCCAAAAUCACCGAUCUAUUGCCUUGAGACCACGCUGAACACCCGCCGACGACAGUCCAAGUUGAUUGAUUGCCGUGCCCGAGCACUGGAUGGGCCGGAUUUUGGGUGGGGACCAAAACGCCGCCCCCGAGACCAACCCAGAGAACCAUCAGUAGUGCUCGAAACUGCCUACACAAAAGCAGAGGCAAAACUCCAAUCUGAUGUUCAAUUUUGGUUGUUCCGUAAUGAUUCGAAUACGAAUGCUUGUCUCACUGCCAAAAUCGACGAGGGGAAUUAA